UUCGAGGCUCUGAGGUGUGCGAACUGCAUUGUGGGUAGGAGACGGGUGGAAUAGCCGCCAUUUCGUGUAGACACCAAGUAACGAGAGGACGCUGCGCCAGAGGUGCGGCCUGACGCAGGAUCAGCCAUACCAACCUCAAGAGGGUGUAGACUGUACACGUGGAGACCAGUUAUGGGCUCUGAUAAGCGUGUAAGCCGCAGUGAGCGCAGUGGGAGAUAUGGGUCAGCGUUUGAUAGAGAUGAUCGAGAUGACAGGAUGUCCAAAAACAGGCGCAGAGACUCGAACGACUACAAAAGAUACCGGGAUGACCGUGACGAUAGAUAUGAUGAUUACAGAGAUUAUGACAGUCCAGAUCGAGACAGAGAUCGCGAGAGGAGGAACAGUGACCGCUCAGAAGAUGGUUAUCAUUCAGAUGGUGACUACAUAGACCACGACUAUCGUAAUGAUUACUAUAUGGAUGAAAAGGAGAGCAAGACCAUUAUGCUGAGAGGUCUACCUAUAAACAUUAGUGAGAGUGAUAUUCGUGAAUUGGUGGAGUCAUUUGAAGGCCCUCAGCCUGCUGACGUGAGGCUGAUGAAGAGAAAGACAGGUUUAAGCCGCGGUUUCGCCUUCGUGGAGUUUUAUCACUUGCAAGAUGCUACCAGCUGGAUGGAAGCCAAUCAGAAGAAGUUGGUGAUCCAGGGAAAGACCAUCGCUAUGCAUUACAGCAAUCCCCGCCCCAAGUUUGAGGACUGGCUGUGUAACAAGUGUGGCCUCUACAACUUUCGAAGAAGAUUAAAAUGCUUCCGCUGUGGAGCAGCCAAGACUGAAUCUGAUGUGGAGGCACCUUCUGGAGCCUCAGAAGCUCCACAGUCGGCAGAUUACUACAGUGACAGUGGCUAUGUAUCCUCAGCCAUUAUCCUGCGUAACAUCGGGCCACACACCGUGGUGGAUUCCAUCCUGGCUGCCCUGGCUCCUUAUGUGUCUCUGGUGGUGAGCAACAUCCGUCUUAUUAAAGACAAGCAGACACAACAAAACAGAGGAUUUGCCUUUGUACAGCUUCCCUCUGCACUGGAAGCAUCGCAGCUGCUGCAGAUUCUUCAGACUCUUCAUCCUCCCCUUAAAAUUGAUGGAAAAACUAUUGGAGUUGAUUUUGCCAAGAGUGCUAGAAAGGAUCUUGUACUACCAGAUGGGAACAGGGUUAGCGCAUUCUCAGUAGCAAGCACAGCCAUUGCAGCAGCUCAGUGGUCGUCCACACAGGCUCAGCAAAGCGGGGAUAAUGCAGAAUAUGGAUAUGUGCAGCAAGGCCAAGAGGGGUAUUCACAAUAUGGGCAGUACUCCCAGGAAUAUCAGCAGGUAUACUCAUCUCAGAAUGGAGGAGCAGAGCAGGGAGCGGCUACAGCAGCAGAAGGCAGCACACUAACGACCACUACCACAACUGCUGCUGUGGUAUGUCAGAGUCCCCAGCUUUACCAACAGCCUGGAUCGCCAACACAGCCAAGCACUAGCUCUACUGGCAGCACAGCCCCCACAUCAACUGCUACUACAGAAGAAACACCUGCUCCGAAUACAAUUAUCCCUGGUGUGAAAUAUGCUGUUCCAGACACAUCAACAUACCAGUAUGAUGAAUCCUCAGGAUACUACUACGACCCUCAAACUGGUCUUUACUAUGAUCCCAAUUCUCAGUAUUACUACAACUCUCUAACUCAGCAGUACCUCUACUGGGAUGGGGAGAAACAGACUUACCUGCCUGCUGCAGAUGGAGCAACACAGAACACAACACCGACGAAUGGGACAGCGGCCACCUCUCCAAAUGUUAAGGAAGGCAAGGAGAAGAAAGAAAAACCUAAAAGUAAAACUGCUCAACAGAUUGCAAAAGAUAUGGAGCGUUGGGCAAAAAGCUUAAAUAAGCAGAAGGAAAAUUUCAAAAACAGUUUUCAGCCCCUGAGUGCCCGUGAUGAGGAAAGAAAGGAAUCUGCAGCUGCAGAUGCAGGAUUUGCCUUGUUUGAGAAGAAGCAGCAAGGUGCAUUGUUGGAGAGGCAAAUUCUGCCAGACAUGAUGAUGAUGGUGAACACUGAGGAUGAGAAACCUCCCAAGCGGGCGCUGGUUGCAGCUUACAGUGGGGACAGUGACAAUGAAGAAGAAACAGAUCAUCUCCAGGGAAUGCUGGAUGAGGAAAAGUUAACAGAUUGGAAAAAAUUGGCUUGCUUACUAUGUCGCAGGCAGUUUCCAAACAAAGAUGCUCUGACGAGACACCAGCAGCUCUCAGACCUACAUAAGCAAAACCUUGAUGUGUAUAGAAGGUCCAGACUCUCUGAUCAAGAUUUAGAAGCCCUGGAGCAGCGUGAGAGGGAGGCAAAAUACCGUGACCGAGCAGCAGAGAGAAGGGAAAAAUACGGCAUUCCAGAACCUCCAGAGCCCAAGCGCAAGAAGCAAUUUGAUCCCAGUGUAGUAGUGAACUAUGAACAGCCUACUAAGGAUGGGAUAGACACCAGUAAUAUUGGUAACAAAAUGCUGCAAGCGAUGGGCUGGAAGGAGGGCUCUGGGCUUGGAAGAAAGAGUCAGGGAAUUACUGCCCCCAUCCAGGCUCAGGUCAGGAUGAGAGGUGCAGGGCUGGGCGCAAAAGGAAGCUCCUAUGGAGUCAACACAUCAGAUUCUUACAAGGAAGCAGUCAGAAAAGCCAUGUUUGCACGGUUCACAGAGAUGGAAUAAAUGGAGCCAAGGCUGAAUAAAUAUGAACUUUCUACCGGGGGGGGGCUACAGUGAAGCGAGCAGCACACUUCCCAGUCCCUCACUUCAUUUAAGUGUCCCCUGUAAAUCUGUAAAUAUGUAUUAUAAUAUUGUACAGUGUAAAUAUUUUUUUGUUUUGUGAGAUAUUAGGGGUGUGAGUGGCACGUGUCCCCUCAGUAUUAGAGGCUCAUAGCUGACACAGUCUGUCAACCCUUUCUACAGGAUUACAUUUGUACAUUUUUUCCUUUUUUCCCAAAGAAAUAAAUUUUGGAGCAAAAUCCUGUU